AAUUGAACACAUGUGAAGGUGAGUAUAUAUCGCACAGUUUCCCACGGGUGCGCAUAGACACGGCCACUUUCAACCAAGCAACCAAGCCGUGCACCACGCCGACGGUUUCGAGUCGCCGCCAGUGGACAGCUUGAUACCCUCACACUCUAUAUACCAACAGCCACAGACUCUUUAACAACUUACUUUAUUCAUCUUCCACUCGGAUACGGAAUUGCACUUGGACGAAUUACGACCCUCACAUCCUACGACCAACAUGUCUCUUCACGACCACGACGAACCCGACUUUUCUUACCUUGCCAAAUCCAAUAGGCCACAUUCAAUAGACUUGACUCUCGAACUCGAACGCCAACUAGACAACGAAUCGCUUCCUAAUUCCCCAGCUUACCAUCAAACCCAUUCCCGCCCGCAGUCUCUCGAUCCUCAUGUUCUGGCUUCCAUUGUCACCCAGCUGCGUCUUUCCGUGGCUGAGCUUACGAGGGAACGGGAUGAACUCUCGGGCGCGCUCUCAGAAGCCAGGACAAACGAGAAUGGGUUGAAGGAAACCCUGCAUCACGUCACGGAGAAAUGUAUACGUCUCGAGACCGAAUUGACUGGCGCCCACGAUCAGCACCAAGAAGACACAGAUGCCAUCAGCAUGCUACGAAGCAAGUUGGAGGAUAGCAGACGGGCACUGAUGAGAUUGCAGACAGAGAGCAGACGAAUGAGCCAAGCGUCCAACCUCAGUAUCGAUCUAUCGAGAGCCAAUGGCUCACCUUUUACAGGACCACCGUCUUCGCGGCGUGCGUCAUUCGUGCCUUUGACGGGCUCCCCGGCGAGUAAAAUCAAUGCUCACCGUCGGGGUGCAUCAGUAGCCGACUCGAGUGUUCUCAGUGCUCCUGUAUAUAGUGACUCCAACCAAUGGGCAAGUCCACCUCGGUUCGCGCUUAGUGAUGCUCCACAGACUGCCAAUGCGGCGCCUUCCAGGCGUAUGUCAGGCUUCUGGGGUCGCGUCUCUCCGCAGCCCUCCGACUUACCUCCCCCUGCCGAUGCUUCAGAGAUCGAGGAACUACGGAAGGAACUUCAGGCUGUGAAAGAAGCGCUUGAGGAGACCAGGCAUGAGUUGACGGAAUCACAGGAGGCCAGGGAAGCAUCCGAAACAUGCGUCAACGCACUCAGGACAUUCAUUGCGGACAAUAGUAUCGGCAUGCAGGGACCAAGUACCGCGCAUUCAGUGAUGUCUCCAGGCACUGCAGAUCAUGCCAGGAAUGAUAGUUCCGGUCAAGCAGCACCUCGUUGGGGAUUCAGACUCUGGAGUGCCGCGGCCUCACCAAAUCCAAACGUAACUCCAGUCUCUUCUCCUGCGCAGCCUUCGCACACGUACAAUUUACCUGCGACAUCCACCACGCGUUCGAGAUUCGGAAGUCUCUUCUCUUCUCGUGCGAGCGUGUCAUCCACUCAGACCGAUUCCCUACUUCCCCAACCGGAAUCCAUGUCGUCGGUGUCCGAUACGUCUUCUCUUGAAGAUCCUGUCGCGGAGCCGAUCAGCCCGUCCUCUGAGGUCCCUAAGGACGACGUGAUCGUGCGUGUUGUUACUGAUUCGCAGUCAGAUAUUGUGUCAUUCAACCCGCCUACCAAGGAUGCUCCAGCGGUAGAUGUCACUCCAGCAGUUGCAAUGUGAUGAGCUUUUAUAUGUUCCUUUUUUGCCUGGAUAACGCCUUUCGGUUUGUCUACAUUAGCAGAGGUCUAAAGACCUGGAUUAUUAUUUUCGUGUAUGUACAAUCUCUCACCCUACGGCUAAAUUCGGAUCAGCAUUUGCCUUCGG